UCCCUCCUUUAAAGCUGGCUGGUGCUCAGGCAACACUCUCUUGGAAAACUGCAGAGAUGGCAGCUGUUUGGAUGCUCCUCUGUGUGCUGACUGUUUGCCUCGCCAGAGAUCUGUCUCCCGAUGAGAUCUCCUUAAAGAAAGCCUUUGCACUUUUCCAGUCGAUGGAGUCCAUGUUAGACCAAGAUGCUAGAGAAGUACAACUGGAAACCAAUGACGUGGAAGCUGAGGCGUCUGGUCACCAGAAUCCUGAACAAAAGCCCCAGAGCGUCAACGAGACAACAAAUGUCCAGAACCAGGUCGUAACGAGUGACAACGGCACGGCGGGAGGCGUCCAGAACCGGGUCGUCAUUAGGGGAAAUUCCACUGCGGGGCGUGACCUAAAAUGGGUCAUCAUAGGAGGCGACUCCACAACUGAGGACGUCCAGAACCGGGUCGUCAUUAGGGGAAACGCCACGGCGGGGGGCGUCCAGAACUUGGUCAUCAUUAAGGACAAAGCCAAGACGGGGGGCGUCCAGAACCUGAUCGUCAUUAGCGAAACCGCCACAGCAGAGGCUGUCCAGAACCGGGUCGUCAUUAGGGGAGUGGCCAAGGAGGGGGGCGUCCCAAAAUGGGUCGUCAUUGGGGUAGACUCUACGACUGGGGACGUCCAGAACCGGUUUGUCAUUUGGGGCGAAGCAACGACGGGGGGUGUCCAGCAGAACCUGGUCCCCAUGGACAACGGCACGAUGGGGGGCGUCCAGCAGAACAACGGCACGACGGGGGGUGUCCAGCAUGAGCACAAAGUACUCCUGGAUACCCAUGAAGUAGACGAGCAGUUGUUGAACGGGACGUUGAGCGACGAGGAAAAGUUGAACGGGACGUUGAGCGACGAGGAAAAGUUGAACGGGACGAUGAGCGAAGAGCAGUUGUUGAACGGGACGAUGAGCGAAGAGCAGUUGUUGAACGGGACGAUGAGCGACGAGCAGUUGUUGAACGGGACGAUGAGCGACGAGCAGUUGUUGAACGGGACGAUGAGCGACGAGGAAAAGUUGAACGGGACGUUGAGCGAUGAGGAAAAGUUGAACGGGACGAUGAGCGACGAGCAGUUGUUGAACGGGACGAUGAGCGAGGAGAUAUUCCAUACUGCAUAGUUUCAUCUCGUCUAUUUUGAGUGCCUUGAAGCGCUUGAUAUCUGAGAUGUUAUCUUAGCAGCAAUAUAAUAAAACGUGUAUACAUUUCUUAAAUAA